AGCCUCGCGAGGCUGCCUCGCGAGGCAAAUCCUCGGUCGGUCAAGACGUGCCUCGCCCGAGGCAAACGCACGCGCUGCCUCGCCCGAGCGUGCCGCGGCCCGAGCCGAACGUUGUCGGUUUUUGUCGAUGUUCAAAGGCGCCUCAGUACGUUUGCCGCGCUCACUCAAGACGGUAGUGUUUUGCCUCGCUUAUUCGUUGCGUGUUAGUUGUGCGUCAUGGAUAAAGAACAGUGUCUUAAAUUAAUACGACUAUAUGGUGAAUAUAGACGACUUUGGGAUGCGCAAUGUCCUGAUUACACAAAUAGAGGACUAAGGGAAGAUGCAUGGAGAAAAAUAAGCCAGGAAAUGAACCUUCCAAUAGCUGAAUUAAAGAAAAAAAUGGACUCUUUACUAGGGUCUUACAGGAGGGAAAAGUCGAGAGAAAAAAAAAGCCGAAUCACAGGAUCAGGUCGUGGUGAAAUAUAUGUUUCGAAUUGGUAUGCCUAUGAAGCCUUCAGUUUUCUAGGAGAUAGAAAUCACCCAGGAAAUACACAAGAUACUUUAGGUGAAGAAAAUGCAAGUCUGGAUAAUACUCGAAAUGAUGACGGUUAUAACGAAGAAAAAAAUGAAACUUCAAACUCGACGACAACGGAAGGACCUAAACAAAAGUCAACUAGACCUAAAAAGAGAUCCAAAAUGAACGAAAGUGAUGAUCUUACUGAUAACGCCAUAUCUGAAGCAUUAACACUCUUACAACAGUGUGCAAGCGAUAAUAUAUCAGAAAAAAAUGAUCCCUAUAAUGUGUAUGGCCAAUAUAUAGGAAAUGAGUUGAGAAAGUAUGAUAAAAUUACAUUAGCAUACGUAAAAAAUGCAAUAAAUAAAAUUAUCUUUGAUGCAGACAUGGGAGCAUACAGUGGUUAUAGUUAUUAUACUCAAUCAUAUGGUGAACACGAUAAUUUAAGAUAUAUGUCUCAUCCCUCUUCCUCAUCGACGCCAUCUACAUAUUCGAUGCCUGCUGCCUCACCAAUGCCUUCUACCUCACCGAUGCCUCCUACUUCACCGAUGCCUCCUACUUCACCGAUGCCUCCUGCCUCAUCGAUGCCUUCUACUUCACCGAUGCCUGCUGCCUCACCAAUGCCUCCUAUCUCACCAAUUUCGAUGCCUCCCCCUCCUCCUUCUCCAGCUCCUCAUCAUUAAAUAUUUGUUUGUUUAAUUUUCUUAUAUUAUUUGUCCAAUUUUCUAAUCAGAUUAAUAAAAAAAAUAAUAAAAAUAUGUAAUUUUAUUUUACUUUAACAUAAUCCUUUAACACCUCAAUUAUAGCAUCACAGACUUCAGGAACUAUAACCGAUAUCCUUUGUUUUGAUAUACGAAAUAGAUACUGUAGACUGGUAUAAGAAUCUCCUGUGGCCAAAAAUCUCAACGUCACUAAUAAUCUUUCCCUAGCGGAUAUUGCUUCUCGAAAAUUUGUGUCCUUCUUGCUUAUUUUGGCGUUUAUGAGAGAAUACACAUUGUCAAAUUCGAUUUUACUCAUUCGAGUGAAAUUUUUUUCUUCGUAAUCGAAGCACAACUCUUCAAAUAAUCUGUUCCCAGCCUGUAAUCUAUUUUUGUAUAAGAGUUUAAUCCAAAAACGUUUAGUUUUCUGUUUUCUUUUUUUUGCAAGCCUUAGAAUUAUUAAAAAGGCAGUGGUAGCGACAGCUUUCCGAAUGUGCGGCCUCAUGGU